AUGUCGCAGAAGUUUGUGAUGGUGCUGCAGGACCUUCCGAGUCUGAGCACAAUCCAAAACUUCGUGCAGCACUACUCGAGAACCCACAUGAUGCGCAACGAUCGCGUGGGCGACAUGCGUAAGUGGAUCCACGAGCGUGCGUUCACUGGAGAAGAGGGCUUGGCUCAGCCUUUCACUUAUGCGUGGGACCUGGACGCCGAUGGCAAACCUGUUGUAGGCAACGGUUCUGACGAGCCUCCCGCGUCGCUCAUCCUGCAUGUAGACGCUACCUACAAGCUCAACGACCGGGGGUACCCUGCCAUUGUGGUCGGAAUCUCAGAUUGCUCUCGUGGGUUUCACCUGGUGUCGAUAUUAAUUGUAUCAGGUGAAACCCAAGAUAUUGUACAGCCGACGCUCAUGGCCCUGCGUCGACUAUACAGUGUACUCACUGGACACGACCGGGUGGUACAGUACGCCAUGGCUGAUGCCGCCCAGGCCCAGUAUAAUGUCACUAAUGCUGUAUUUGGCAACAACCCGCACUUUACCAGCCUCAUGUGUUUCUUCGUGUCAACGGACCUCAUCCAUCGCAUUUGUGUUGUUGCCCACGCUGGUGGUAGCGGCCACCGUGGCGCUAAGACCACUAUGGAAGCGGUCGCAAACUGGUGCUGGUGGCGUACACUGAGCGCCGAUGUCACUCGCUUCGUACAAGACUGUAUUCAUUGUGUGGCCACCCGGAACGGACGUGAACCUCGACCGUUUGGACCAGCGAUCCAUGCAACAAAGCCUAACGAGGUCCUACACUUUGAUUUUCUCUCGCUGCCGGUGGACGAAGACACUGGCUACAAAUACGUGUUGGCGAUGAAAGACGACUUCAGCGGUUUUGUGGAGCUGUAUCCGAGUGAAGCAGCGGACGCUAGCGCGUGUGCUGUGGCUCUACUUGCGUGGUUCAACCGCUAUGGUGUGGUGCAGCAGUGGGUUUCGGACCAAGGUACUCAUUUCCUGAACCAGGUGAUCGAGCAGAUCGCAGCUGCGGUGGGAGCUAAUCAUCACUUCACAACAGUAUAUUGCCCCUGGGCGAACGGGACAAUCGAAGUCGUGAACCAACUUCUCCUGAAAUGCAUGCGGGCAAUUCUUAGUGAGCGCAGGCUGGCACCGUCCAAGUGGUCAGGCGUGCUCGGGCUAGUUCAAGGCGCCCUGAAUCAGCAAGUUUCCGAUCGACUCGGUAAUAUUGCCCCGCUCACUGCGUGCACAGGUCUGUCUGCAGUGACCCCGAUCACGACAAUUUUUUCUGAAAAUAUAGUCGUUUCGAUGGACGCUGAGACUCUCUGGGCCAAGCAGCAGCAACACCUGACCGACAUGGCACGUGCUCUGGAUGAUAUGCACCGUGAGGUGGCGAACACCAGUGAUCAACGGCGUAUUCAGGCGCAAGCACGCCGAGCUGCCCGGUCCAAACCGCCCAAUUUCGCUGUUGGCGACUUUGUUUUGGUGGCAGGGGUGCUUCCUAUGGCCAACAAGUUAGCGAUCAAAUGGCAAGGACCUAAGCGGAUUGUUCGAGCUGUCACGGCGUGGAUCUUCGAGGUCGAGGACCUUAAUCCACCCCAACGCAUCACAACACACCAUGUCUCCCGAAUUCGCCUCUACGCGGAGGCGGACCGAGAGGUCACGGAAGAUCUGCUGCAGUGCGCGCUGCAUUCUCAGGGAGGGCACUGUGUCGAAGCGUUCCGGGGUGUACGACCCAAUUCCAGUACUCGGCAAUGGGAGGUCGAGGUCAAAUGGCUCGGCCUCGACGAGCAUGAAAAUACGUGGGAGAGCUACUCGUCACUUUCUGCAGACGUACCAGUUCUACUCGAGCGAUACUGUGAGGCCCACCACGAUAACCCCGAUGUCGUGGCAAUGCUGGAUGCUCAAGCACGCCCAAGACAGCGGCAACGCCGACGCCGACGCUAA